AUGAAAAAAAAAAAUAAAAUAAAAAAAUACUUUGGAUUGCCUGGCAAAAGAAAACGUUACAGAAGAGCUCAUCAAGUACGUGGUCUACCUUCCUUAGAAGAACAACUCCAUCAUGUGGACGACCAGGAUGGUCCACGUGAAUAUACCUUAGUAAAGGAACGAAAACAACCGAGAUCUGCACCCAAAGAUGGAAGAACGAAGAGGCCAAAAAAACGUGGUGCUGAUCGUCGUUGUGCUGGUCACCGCAUGAUUAUUGAUAUUCAUUUAGAAGUCUUAGACGAAUGUCAAAAAGGGGACAUGCAUUCGACGAAGGAGGACUUUCUUGAAAUUUUGGUUCAAGAAUUUAUGCGAUGCGAAUUCACGAAAGAAGAAAAUGUUCCGGAGGAACAAGUUUCUAUGGUUCCAAGUUCAGAUUCCGGGUUUAGGGUUAAUGUCCCUAAGGAAGAUGCAUCUGAGGAACAGGUUCAAUGUUCAUGUUUAACGUUUAGCGAGGAAGACUUUGUUCCCAAGGAAGAAGUUUCUAAGGAAGAUGUUCUUAAGGAAGAUAUUCCUAAGGAAAGUGUUCCUAGGGAAGAGGUUCCAAGUUCACGGUUUAUGCUGUAG